CUCCAAUAGCCCGAGGAAUGCGCAGCAAUGAUCCUAGACGGCCUGAGCUGAACAGGUGACUUUCAAUUUUCGAUCUUACGGAUAUCUCCGAUUUAUUAUAAGUUGUGGCUAUCCUCUUUCUGCAAGGCUUGCCAUCAUAUUGAACCUUCUCCAAUUUCAAAUUGGUGCCAGUGUGAUAGGUCCAGAAAUCCAAAAAUCGAAUUUCAAGAGAUAAGGGGACUGUUUUUCAAACAAUUGGGAAGAUCGGAGCUUUUUCAUUGAAGCUCUUGCACGAAGAGGUCAAAAAUGGCAGGCGAUAAAUCAAUGGAGAUAGGGAAGACUGUCCCUGAUAGCGAGGUCAAGGUGACCACGACCACACCCUCAACUCAUGAUGAAACACCACACAGCGCAGAUCCUGCUUUGUUGCCGGAAAACCAACAUCACCACGCCCAUCACCAUCAUACAGCCUUUGCGGAACAAGGCCACGAGGACGAUGUGGUCUACGCCAAAGAUGUGACGUUCGAGAAGAACGGCAUCCCAGAACCCAGCCCUCUGGAUCACAGUGGAAAUAGCCAGAGUGAUAAAGACGUGGAGGGAACGGGUGAAAACUAUCCUCAGUCAUCCUGGAAAUCUCGCUGUCGUCGUUAUACCAGGCACUGGAGGCAUGUGGUUCAUGCGGCAAUUUGGAUCCUAUUCACCGGCUGGUGGAUUACGGGUCUCAUCUAUCAUCGGUAUGAUUUGGGUUGGCUCAUCCCAUUUCUGGUUUACCUCGCGAUCACACUGCGAAUCCUCUUCUUCUAUGUCCCGGUUUCGAUCGUCACUAAGCCCCUGUACUGGGUUUGGGAUCACACAGCCCGGCCUUUCGUCCGCGUUAUACCAGAAAAAUUGAGGGUUCCCAGUGCUGGCUUGUUGGCCGUCUCUGUGAUCAUUAUCGGGUCAUUUGCAUCCCCAGAGUCUGGAGACAAUAGCCGGGAGAACCGUGCCGUAAGCGUCUUUGGUCUGUUCGUCAUUAUGUUUGCACUAUGGGCUACCUCGAGGAACCGCAAGAAGAUUAAUUGGCACACUGUCAUUACCGGAAUGCUGGCACAGUUCAUCAUCGCAUUAUUCGUUCUGCGAACUACAACUGGUUACGACAUCUUCAAUUUCAUUUCCGGCUUAGCUGAAGAUCUCCUGGGCUUCGCAACCGACGGUGUUGACUUCUUGACAGAAGAUGGGUUUGCUUCGAGUCAUAGCUCGUGGUUCCUCAUCAGUGUGAUUCCCGCAAUCAUCUUCUUCGUCUCCCUGGUUCAGCUUCUCUAUUACUUCGGUAUCCUUCAAUGGGCGACUGUCAAGUUCGCCACCUUUUUCUUCUGGAGUAUGCGUGUCUCUGGCGCCGAGGCUGUCGUGGCUGCCGCCUCUCCGUUCAUCGGACAAGGAGAAUCCGCAAUGCUCAUCAAACCAUUUGUCGCCCAUCUAACCCUGGCUGAGAUUCACCAGAUUAUGUGCUCCGGUUUUGCCACCAUCUCAGGAAGUGUACUUAUCGCAUACCUUGGCAUGGGCGUCAACCCACAAGCCAUGGUUUCGGCCUGCGUGAUGAGUAUCCCGGCCUCUCUGGCAGCGUCUAAACUCAGAUGGCCCGAGGAAGAAGAGACCUUGACAGCGGGUCGUGUCGUUAUUCCUGAUGAUGAGGAACACAAGGCUGCCAAUGCCUUGCACGCUUUCGCCAAUGGGACAUGGCUCGGUAUCAAGAUCGCGGGCAUGAUCAGCGGUGCAAUCUUCUGUAUCAUCUCCCUCAUUGGUCUCGUCAACGGUUUGCUUACCUGGUGGGGUCAUUUCCUGAACAUCAACGACCCGCCCCUGACCAUUCAAUUGGUCGUGGGAUACAUCUGCUACCCGAUUGCUUUCCUUCUGGGCGUAUCCCGAGACGGCGAUAUCUUGAAGGUUGCCCAACUUAUCGGCUUAAAACUUGUCUCUAAUGAAUUCGUGGCCUACAACGAUCUCCAAAAUGGGGCAGACUACGCCGACCUCUCAGACCGCUCAAGACUUAUCGUCACCUACGCCCUGUGCGGUUUCGCCAACAUUGGCUCCCUAGGUACCCAAAUCGGUGUCUUGACACAGCUGUCACCGGGUCGUGGCGGUGACGUUUCUCGCGUCGCUGUGAGUGCUAUGCUUACGGGAGCUCUUAGCACGUUCACCAGUGCUACUAUUGCGGGACUCCUGAUUACCGAUGAAAAACAGUAUAUCUCGAGUUCAUGAUUUGUCUGGUCGAGAUGACUUGGCAACAAUUCAAAUUUAACCCUUGGUCGGCAUGGUCUUGGGUUGUGUAUUGUGCAUGGGUUCAAUGGUGUUUGAGCGUUUUUUUUUUUUUUUU